UGCAGACUCAGUGCUGUAAUACUUAGACAUGAGCUCGAGGAGAGAGAGCUAUGAGUUCCUCUAUCUACGAUUUAAAUGAAUUCUUGCUUUUUGCCGUGCUCAAAUGCAGUCACAUCUUUGGAGAGAGGACUAUUUCCUACCAUCAUGGAUUCCAGCAUUGUUAUAAACACGAUUUCCAGAGGAAUUGAUGUAAUAUAGCGGACCAAGGAUGACAAAGAGAAAAGGAUAUCGAGACUGGAGAUGGCAGGCGCUUUGGUGGCAUCGUUUCCUUCUCUUGUGGAGUACAAUAGACGGACAAACUCGUUACAGCAUCCCAGAAGAAGUAAAACAGGGAUCUGUGGUAGGAAAUUUAGCCAAAGAUCUUGGUUUGGGAUUAUCUGAAAUUUUUGACCGUAAACUGCGUGUCGCCUCUGAGGCUGGUGAGCAGUAUUUCAGUGUGGAUGCGGGGAAGGGCGAGCUGGUGGUGAAUGACAGAAUAGACAGAGAGGCUCUAUGCGGACAAAGCGCCAGCUGUGUUCUACCUCUGCAAGUAGUUGUUGAAAAUCCUUUGCAGUCCCAUCGGAUUGAAGUGGAAAUAAGAGACAUAAAUGACAAUUCUCCCAGUUUUCUUACGCAGGAGAUUAAUCUUAAAAUACCAGAAUCAAUUGCUCUUGGUAAACGUUUUCCUUUGGAAAACGCGGAGGAUUCUGAUGUCGGGAGCAAUUCUUUGAAAACAUACUCUUUAAGCAAAAAUGAAUAUUUUUCUCUAAAAUUUAAAGAAAUUAAAAAUGGUAAAGCUGUCCCAGAAUUAGUGUUAGAGAAACCACUGGACAGAGAGAAGAUUUCUCUCCAUCAGUUGCUGUUGACAGCACUGGAUGGAGGAAUUCCAGUCAGAUCGGGAACAUGUAAGAUCACAAUUACUGUACUUGAUAAUAACGAUAACUUCCCAGUAUUUAAUGAACAUUUUUACAAAGUGUCCGUAAAAGAGAACAGCACGAAAGGGACGUUUAUAAUCAAACUUACAGCUACCGACGCUGACGAUGGUCUUAAUGGUGAAGUUAAAUAUUCUUUUGGAUCGCGAACUCCAGACUCUUUGUUGUCAAUAUUUGAAAUCAAUGAUAUAACAGGAGGAAUUACAUUGAAGGGAACAUUAGAUUACGAGACUAGUAAAUCAUAUCUUAUUGAUAUAACAGCUAAAGACAAAGGGAUUCCUGAAAUGGAGGGUGAUUGUCGUGUACAGUUGGAUGUAGAGGAUAUAAAUGAUAAUCCUCCAGAAAUAGUGCUGACUUCAAAACCUAGUCCUGUACGUGAGGACGCACCAAGUGGCACGGUGGUGGCUUUGAUCAGUGCACGAGACCUUGACUCCGGUGAUAACGGUAAAGUAACUUUACAUCUUUCCAAAAGUUCUCCUUUCACUCUGAAAACUUCGUUUUCUAAUAAUUAUGAGCUCGUUACCAGAGGCGCUUUAGACCGAGAGAGAGUCUCAGAGUAUAAUGUUGAAAUAACAGCCACUGAUUCAGGCUCUCCUCCACUCUUUAGUAAGAAAACUAUACCUGUCAGCAUCGCUGAUGUAAACGACAAUGCUCCUAUUUUUACUCAGCCCUCAUAUAAUGUUUAUUUAAAAGAGAACGGAGUACCAGGUUCUAUACUGUACUCAGUAUCAGCUUCUGACCUGGAUUUUGGAGAAAACGCUAAAAUCUCUUAUUCCAUUCUGGAAUCUAAAGUGCAGGACGUUUCUGUUUCGUCUUAUGUUUACAUCAACUCAGAUAACGGCAGCAUCUACAGCAUGCACUCGUUUGACUAUGAGAAGCUGAAGGUGUUUCAGAUUCAGGUUCAGGCAAAGGAUCAGGGCUCUCCGUCUCUCAGCAGCAACGCCACAGUCCAUGUUUUCAUCCUGGACCAGAACGACAAUGCCCCCUCUGUUAUUUACCCCUCCUCCGCUGCCCUGGGCUCCCUCUCUCAUCAGAGGAUGCCCCGCUCGGCCAAAUCGGGUCACCUGGUUACCAAGGUGACGGCUGUGGACGCUGACUCGGGCCACAACGCGUGGAUCUCGUACAAAAUGUCGGAGGCCACAGACGCGUCUCUGUUCACUGUCAAUCAGUACACAGGGGAGGUGAGGACUAAACGCGCUGUGUCCGAGCAGGACGACUCCUCUCAGAGGCUGCUGAUAGAGAUCAAGGACGACGGGGAGCCGGUCCAGUCCGCCACCGUCACGGUGUCCAUCCUGCUGGAGGACGGUCUCCAUGAGCCCAUCUUAGACCUGAGACACAAAUCUGUGGAGCCGAGCAAGAAAACUGGGAGAAUCACCCUUUAUUUGAUUCUGUCUCUGGCCUCGGUGUCCGUGCUGUCUCUGGUGACUUUUGUCAUCUUGGCGGUGAAAUGCAUGAGGAGCAGCAGGAGCAGCGGUAGUUGCUGCAUGAGACGCAGCGACUGUGAUGAUUACAAGAACCCGAACAGGAACCUGCAGAUUCAGCUCAACACUGAUGGACCUAUAAAGUACGUGGAGGUCCUGGGAGGAGACAUGUUGUCUCAGAGUCAGUCGUUCAGGUCGUGUAUGUCUCCGAUGUCAGAGUACAGUGAUUUCACUUUGAUUAAGCCCAGCAGCACCACAGACUUUAAGGAGGUGAUCAGUGUCCUGGAUGCGUCUUUACCGGACAGCACCUGGACCUUUGAGAGCCAGCAGGUGAGCACAACAGUAAUCUUUUGUGUAUUGGUAUGUGGUUGUAUCCCAUUGUUGUGAGGUUGAAAUACUUAAUUGACCUCUAGUAUCAUGGUGCAGAAACGCUUUCAUUCAUUAUUAGCUGAGACUUUUUCAUACCCUGAAAAAAGGCAUUGUGGAGGUGAAAUAUAACUACAAACAUUUCAGAAUCAUUUAUUUCUAUGUUUUUUUCCACUCUAAAUAUGCAAAUAUUUGUCGUUUUGAAAUUAGUUACUAAAGUCAGUGAAGAUAGAAACAGUGCUGUUUCUAUCUUAACUGAAUUUAUUAUAAUUUUACAAAAUGUGUGAUAAUAGAUCUAUUUUGGGUGGUUUAAAAAUUUCAAUAAUGCUGUGAAAGUUUGUCUACAUAAUGAAUGAACCCAAUACCUUUCAUGCUGAGGAUUUUCUCUGAAAGCAUAGUUCAACGAGUUAUUAUGAUCCCAAAUCAUUAUUUUUAAAAAGCUUGCACUACAUAUUUUCAAUUUCAGCGAAAUGUUGCUUUGACAUUAUACAAAAUAAAAGAAAGAAGGUGAAUUUUAAAAAUACAUUUUCCUAGAUUAAUGUUGUAGUGUUUGAAUUUAUGGAUAUUGCUUUCAGGAUUAGUUGCAACAAUCAAAUGAAAAGAAAGUGUGCAAUAUAUUUAUGUAUUUAAAAAUAAAAUUCGUAUAAUUUUCAUA